AUGAGUGUCUACAAUUCGCUAUCUGAUGAUAUCCAAAUUGUAGGAGAGAGAAAAGUAGAGGGUCAUGUUGAUAGAAGUUUCGAAAAUCUCCAGAAUAAUAGGCCAGUUAGGGUUACAUAUCCCACGGCGGGUUACCUCUACCCGCGACCCGGUUUCUCAAAGAACCAUCUAGAGCCACAAGCUCCUACCGCACCUAUCCAAUAUACCGAACAGGAGAGGUCUGCAUUUCCAUCUCAACUCGACGGCAGUCAUAGUUAUGAAUUAUACGUCAAUGCUUUCUACCGCUUGGGGUUAAAAAAUCCAGCAGAAGACAUCUCAAGUCGUCGAGACUGGGACGCUGUCAUAGCUUCACGCAGCCUAAAUUCAAGAGCCAACAUCUGUAUCAAUGGCCCAGAGUGGGACGAAGAAGAUAGAUGGCUCACACGGUCCGAACUUGAGCAAGGUCUCCGUCUUGCAACAUCAAAUCCCGAUGUAUGGGUUCCGUUCGGUUCUAGAUUCUGGUCAAGUCCCUUUGAGCACGGCAGUUUGAAAUGGGAUGGUGAUCAAAGGAGUGACUACUACUCCCAUGACUGGAUGGUUCUUCCAUGUAAUACCAAGUCAGGGUCUAAUGAGGGUGAGCACUGGCAGUUGGUGAUCUAUUCUAAACAGUCGAAGACCGUUUACUAUGGAGAUUCAUUCCGCCCCAUCAAAGCGAAGACGGCUAAUACAAUAGCCACAAACCUGAGACACUUCCUUAUGAACAACGGCAUUGGUGACCCUGGGAUUUUACAAGCUGUCAUGAUAGUGCUACCAUUACAAAGUGGACUCUGGCAGUGUGGGUAUAACGUGAUCGAAGCUGCCCGGGCGUUCGUCUACGAAAAUGGACUUGUGAACUGGCACAAUUCACCUUUAUAUAGAGGCAUGUCUAGAGUCGACAGGGACUACGCUCUGGUAAAGAAUAUUGAGCGCUGGUCCAGGAUCGGUUAUCGAGAUCAUCAUGACCUAUAUGAUAACAAGGUCGGUAGCUAUCGAUACAAUAACUAG